CCGCCAUUAGUUUCCCUGCAAUUCUGCAAGCUUCCAUUCCGUUUCUCACAUUAUCCACAGCAUUCUCUCUCUCUCUCUCUCUCUCUGGGGUCUCAUCUAUGGCUGAUGGCUAAGUCCUUCUCCAUUUACUACCACCAACAAUGCAUCAGAUCCCCGCCUGCUUGUCCUCUCACGUACGGACGGCAAUACCAACUCUCUCUUCCACUCUGUGUUCCUCCGUUCCCGCUCGGCGUCGUCUACACGGGAAAGUCUCUCCCCACAAGCCCAAUCUCAAGCCCCUCACUUCCCGCAUCGUCUAUCUCACUCGCCGAAGACAGCUUCACCAGAUAUUUGAGGAGAUUAAGGCUGCAAAAAGACGGUAUGGGAAGCUGAACACGAUCGUGAUGAACGCUGUCCUUGAGGCCUGUGUUCAUUGCGGUGACGUUGAUUCGGCGCUUCAGAUUUUCGAUGAAAUGUCAAAGUCAGACAAUUGUGGAGUUGAUACUGUUACAUACGCUACACUUUUGAAGGGCUUGGGCUUGGCUCGAAGAACCGACGAAGCAUUUCAAUUACUUGAAUCUGUGGAGCAAGAUUCUGCUGUGGGGUGUCCAAAGCUAUCAGCACCAAUUAUCUACGGGCUGCUAAAUGCCUUGAUUGAAGCUGGAGAUCUACGCCGUGCUAAUGGUCUUCUUGCACGAUAUGGUUUUUUGCUCCGUGAAGGCGGCAACCCUUCAGUCUCAGUAUACAACUUGUUAAUGAAGGGUUAUAUAAACACAGGCCUUCCACAGGCUGCAAUAACCGUAUAUAAAGAAAUACUGCGUUUAGGAUUAAGGCCCGAUAAGCUCACCUAUAACACGCUAAUCUUUGCUUGUGUCAAGAGUGAAAAGCUGGAUGCAGCAAAGCAUGUCUUCAAGGAAAUGAAGGACAAAGCACAGAAAUAUGGGCAUGUCCUUUUCCCUGAUAUUGUUACUUAUACAAUAUUACUCAAGGGUUUUGCGCAUUGCAAGGAUCUGCUCUCAGUUCAGAAGAUUGUGUUGGAAAUGAAAUCAUAUCAUGAUUUGUAUAUAGAUCGAACGGCAUACACAGCAAUAGUUGAUGCAUUUCUAAAUUGUGGUGCGAUUAAGGAUGCUCUUUGUACAUUUGGAGAAAUACUAAAGCACUCUGGUGGGAACCCAGACUUGCGACCAAAGCCCCAUCUCUAUCUUUCCUUGAUGCGUACUUUUGCUGGUAGAGGAGAUUAUGAUAUGGUCAAAACCCUGCAUAAGCGCAUGUGGCCAGAUACUGCUGGAACCAUCUCCCUAACGAUUCUAGAAGAAGCUGAUAAUCUUCUCAUGGAGGCAGCUUUAAAUGAUGGCCAGGUUGAGGUGGCUAUCGAAAACCUUAAAAAUAUUGUUAAGAGAUGGAAGGGGGUUUCAUGGACAAGUCGAGGAGGGUUGGUUGCCCUGCGGAUAGAAGCCUUGUUUGGAUUUACAAAAUCCAUGUUCAGUCCUCACCUACUGCCUCAGGUAUCACCGGAUGAAUCAGUUGAGAGUAUCAUGAUUCCUUUUGAAGCAGCUCGGCCACUACUAGGCACCAUCUCCUUGAAAAAAGUGGUUAUGCGGUUCUUCAGAGAUUCAGUUGUUCCUAUUAUCGAUGACUGGGGCAGCUGCAUCGGACUAUUGCACCGUGAAGAUUGCAAUGAGUUGGAUGCCCCACUCUCAACAAUGAUGAGAAGUCCACCUCCCAGCGUAACAAGCUCCACAUCCAUCGGUCAGGUGGUUGAUCUGAUUUUGGAAAAGAGGUUCAAAAUGGUGGUGGUUGUAAAAUAUAGCAACUUAUAUAGCACAAGUUUGAGGGCUCUUGGAGUUUUUACAGCGGAACAUUUGUUUAGGCUCGUCACAUCUGUAUCAGAAUUGCCUGUGCAACAACUUUCAGUCUGUAGAAGAUCAAUGUAAAUUCCAUUUUGUUUUAAUCAAUUACGGCGAUUGUAGAGA